GUCUGCCGGCGAAGAAGCGGCCCCCGCCCAGACCCCCAAGCCGGAGAGCAGCAGCAGCAGACACCGCCUGAAGAGAACCAAGCCGCCGAGCCCCAGAAAAAGGAACCAGCGGAGGAGCAGAAGCCGGCCGAGGAGGCGGCAGCGGCGGUGGAGAGCGGGGAAGCGGCGGCACCUCCGCAGCCUGAAGUGACCUACAAGUCGCUGGUGCUGAGCGGCCACGGCGGCUAUGACAAGGUGAAGCUGCAGAACAAGAAGGGCUCCCCCAAACCCAAGGCCGGGGAGGUGCUGAUCCGGGUCCGAGCCUGCGGGCUCAACUUCGCCGACCUGAUGGCCAGACAAGGAGUCUACGACCGCCUGCCGUCCCCGCCCGUCUCCCUGGGCAUGGAGUGCUCCGGCAUCGUGGAGGAGCUGGGAGAGGGAGUUACCGACAGACAGGUUGGAGAUAAAGUUAUGGUCCUCAACAGAUUUGGAUUAUGGCAAGAACUGGUUACUGUUCAGACUAGCCACACAUUUCUUAUGCCAGAAGGAAUGAGCUUUGAGGAGGGUGCAGCCUUGCUGGUAAACUAUAUAACUGCCUACAUGAUUCUCUUUGACUUUGGCAAUCUGAGGCCAAAACAAAGCGUCCUCAUCCACAUGGCAGCAGGUGGUGUUGGCACUGCAGCAAUACAGCUCUGUAAAACUGUGGAGGAUGUUACAAUAUUUGGAACAGCUUCUUCUGCCAAGCAUGAAGCACUUAAAGAACAUGGCGUGACUCACCCAAUUGACUACAGGACGAGCGAUUAUGUGGAUGAACUUAAAAAAAUCUCUCCUAAAGGUGUAGACAUAGUGAUGGAUCCCCUGGGAGGUUCUGACACUUGUAAAGCCUACAACCUGCUGAAACCUAUGGGAAAACUGGUAAUAUAUGGCGCUGCCAACUUGUUGACUGGACAAAAAAAGAACCUUGUUGCCUUAGCAAAGACUUGGUGGAACCAGUUCAGCAUAAAUGCUCUGCAGCUUAUUCCAUCAAACAAAGCUGUGUGCGGAUUCCAUCUAGGCCACUUGGAUACUGAAACAGAGCUGAUAACAGAAGUUGUGGUUAAACUGCUUGACCUUUACAAGCAAGAGAAGAUCAAGCCCAAAAUUGACAGCAUCUAUCCUUUUGAGCAGGUGGCAGAUGCCAUGAGACAAAUGCAGGAGAAGAAAAAUGUUGGCAAAGUGAUCCUGGUCCCUGAAGUGCCAAAAGAGGAAGCAAAAAAGGAAGAAAACUAA